GUGUGUGUGUGUGUGUGUGUGUGUGUGUGUGUGUGUGUGUGUGUGUUCAUCAGUCCAGCUUCCUGCCUCACAGGUGUCUCCUCACCUGGAUGAAGGUUCUGUGUUAUCCCAGCUUCCAGAGGGGCUUUGAACGCACCACGAGUCUCCAUGCUGCAGGUGGCUGGUUCUACUGACAGAGAAUAAAACUCCUGCAGCAGGUGUGUGUGUGUGUGUGUGUGUGUGUGUGUCUGUGUGUGUGUCUGUGUGUGUGUGUGUGUGUGUGUGUGUGUGUGUGUGUGUGUGUGAUGCCAACAGGAUGUCCUGCUCCUGCUUUUGCUGUGUGACGCCCAGCGGGGAGCUGCUGCACGGUGUGUGCAGGUAAAAGGUGACUCGUGUUCCUCCUGCAGGGAUCCAGAAGAAGGAGCAGCUGGUGGUCCGUGAGGAAGAGGAGGGAGAAGCGAUCAGGAGCAUCAUGGAUCUGUCUCUACUCAGAGAAAAGUACCUGAGCAGCAGAGAGCAGCAGAAACUCUCUCAGGUGAUUCUCCUCAGGACAGUUCCAGAAGAGCAUUCGGAGGCGGUCAGUUUCGUUCCUGUCACUCAGGGUCUGUCUCCGCCCCCCGUGACCUCUGACCCCGACCCCACCACCUCCUUUGACCCCUGGCACGUCCACCUCGAACUUCACCGCCGCAACCUUCGCCAUGUCACCACAGCCUGUUCCCCAGAAACAACGAGCAGCAACGGUUCCUCACGUCUGUCUCUCAGUCAUUCCUCUGACUCGUCCAACAACAGGAAGCCCUCCUCUGACUCCUCCUCCUGCUGCUGCACCACAGAAGAAGAAGAAGAAGCCUCCGGGGGGUUCAGAGGAGAAGAAGAAGUAGAGACGGAGAGCUGCCCCCCCGCCUCCUCCCCCUGCAGCGUGACGGAGGUCCAGCGGCCCAGAGUCCUGCAGAGGCAGCUGUCGGUGGGCUCCUCCUCCAUGGGGGGUCCUCAUGAAUACCAUCCGUUCCCCAGCAGGAAAACACCCAGAAUCUCUGAGGCGGCUAAAAGGCUGGGGCUGUACGCCUCCUUCUGAUCAACCUCCACACAGCUGUUUCAUAUAUUUCCAUUAAUGCAUCAAAACUCUCACUAUUUGUUUCAUGCAAAGGGAUUUUCUUCUACCUUACUUCCAUAAAUAUAUAAUAAAUUCAUACGAUUUUUCACUGGGUUGAAUCAUAGACUGUAUAUAUAAAGGGUUGAAUAUUUAAACUAAUUCCAAUGUAUUAAACUGAGCUUUCAAUGGGCUUCUGUAUUUGUUUACACUUUUCUGAACACUUACAAGAUGUAGGACAUGUGCAUUAACACAGACUCAAUGGUAGGAACAUGUCAGUUAAUUUAUGCAGUAAUGUGAGCCUUGAUUAAACUUGUUUGCAAAGUAAAUAAAGCAUACAUUCAAUCAAAA